AUGUCCAGUUGGUACAAGAGUAAUUACUUCCAACCUUUUCUGCAGAUCUGCAAUGUCGGAGACUCUGUUGGUGCGUUCUUCACUCUGGGGGAACUGAUCUCUAGGGUGAAUGACUUGAGAGAUCCGUUUGCAGCGUAUGACCGUGCGAGGGUGGCAACCACUGUGACUACUCCUGUGGUUGUGGCAACCCCUGUGGAAGUACCAGUGGCAAGUCCACAGCCACAGGUAGUGGCUUCGGGGGAACCACAGUCUACUACGCAAAUUGUCAAUGAAAGAGUCGGGAAGGCUGGAGUGACACCCACGGCACAUGUCGAAAGUGGGAGAGAUUACACGUAUGAACAGUUGUUGGAUUACGUGGAUCCAGAGACCGGUGGGUACUACCAUGAGGUAGCUGUUCCUGUACCAUUGCAGAGAAGGCUUGUUAGGAAGUUGGAACAGGUACCAGAGGGUGCUGUCCUGGCAGAAGAAGGGUUGGAUGACGUCUUUGCUGUGAGAGAGGUGCUUGUGCAUGAUCAUGGCGGGGGUUCUGUGGACCCGACGGAGAGACGCAAAGUGAAGGCAGAGCUUGCUGCAAAACAACUUUUGGAGGAGCAGGAGGCGGUGGACCGUGCUAAGAAAAAGAAAGAGGACGCUAAGAGGAAGAAACAGCAGCAGCAACAACAGAAGAAGAAUAAGAAGAAGGAGGAGGUCCUGGGGAAACCCACCUGCGGUCCCUGUGACUCCUGUGGCUCCUGCGGCCCCUGCAAUCCCUGCGGCCCCCUGCGGCCCCCCGAACAAGUCCCUCAAACCCCAAGCUUCCAAGAACUUCAAAAACUAGAGGCAGAAAGAAAGGACGAGUUACUUCGUGAAAGACGCGAGAGAGCGGAACGGAUGAGUCGGCAGAUCCUAGAGGAGGAGAAACAGAUUGAACAAAAGAGAACUACACUCACUUGGGCGUCUAAACCACUCCCACAGCAAACACUCUCUGUUGAUAUCAAGUCGCAGUUGACCCAGGAUAAAAACAAACAGACCACAAAGAAAUCUCCUCCAAAGAACCCCACGCCCCCUGCAUUCGAUGAUCCAGCGUUCGUCAAAGAACAGGAACGGAUCUGGGAACAGGUUCAGAGGGGAGCGACCAAAUCUCCAGUGGUACCAAAACCAACCACAAAUGCAUGGACUACAGUGACCAAGUCAAACAACAUGGCUCCCCAGAAGACUAAAACAAAACAACAACAGACGAAGCAGAUUGGGUCGUCAACAACUAUCCCUGCACUGAAGGCGAGGUACCCUAACGGCGUUGUCACCUCGGUCUCCACCACUGCCAAUGCCAGCGUUUCCGCAUCCGCUGCUGCGAAAUACCCUGGGAACGCUUCCAUUUCUCUACGGAAAGAGUUCCUUAAGUGGUGCAAGUCGCAGCUGCGGUUGAACCAGGGGAUCUCGCAAUUGAGCGUGCUAGAGGUCCUGCUGAGCCUGCCUCCAGGCUCAGAGUCCAACGAGAUCAUCGCGGACACAAUAUACUCUAACAGCUCAGUGAUGGAUGGAAGACGGUUCGCUGUCGAGUUCAACAAGAGACGUGUCGAGUGCGAGAGACAGGUCCAGGACCCGCUCAGCUGGAGCGAGGCGCUUGCGCUACCGGAGGGGAGUGCGGACGACUGGGAGUUCCAGAUCGUCAGUAAGAAGAAAGGCAAGAGGCAUUGA